AUGUCUGAAAGAGCUGAUCACAUCUCCUUAAUGAUAGACGAACAACUUGCCUGCGUAUCUCCAACACCCUCUGACCAUUGCAUCUUUGGAGUAUAUGAUGAAAUUCGCGUUGAAAAUAAAAAAGCCUAUGAACCCUUAAAGCUUGCAAUUGGUCCUUAUUACUACGGUAAAGAUAAGUUAAAGGAGAUGGAAGAGCACAAAAUGCGGUAUCUACAUCAACUUUUCAAAAAGAGAAAUGAGACGAGUGUGGACAAAUACAUAAUGGCCUUGGGUGACGUGGAGGAGAGAGCCAGAAAAUGUUAUUCAGAAUCUAGUGUCCUCAAUGAAUAUGAGUUUCUAAAAAUGAUGCUUCUUGAUGGAUUCUUCAUGAUUGAAUUAUUUCGUAGGCAUGAAAAUGACCCUAUUUUCCAAUCUCACUGGUUUCGAGUUGACAUACGACGUGAUUUAUUAUUACUGGAAAAUCAACUACCAUUUUUUAUUGUUGUGAAACUGUUCAACAUGACAACAGAUCCAAACACACAUGAAGACAUCCGUUAUUUGGCAUUGUCUUUUAUGGAAUAUGUAUUGCCAGGACCAUCUCUUUCAAAACCUUCAGAAAUCGAAGUGGAUGAUGUCAAGCAUCUACUUCACCUGGUACACAACUCUAUGUGUGCUUCAUUUGGUAAGGUUGUAUCAUAUGGAAAUGAAAAUGAUGAAUGGGAAUUCAUAAGCUCGGUCACACAGCUCCAAGAGGCAGGAAUUGAAUUAAAGGCAGCCAAGGAAUGUAAUAGUUUAUAUGAUAUUAAGUUCAAUGAUGGGUUGUUGGAAAUUCCCCCAUUCUCUAUUGGUGAUGAAACUGAAUCGGUCUUCAGAAAUCUAAUUGCAUAUGAACAAUUUCUUCCUGAUAUUCAUCGACGAUAUGUUGCCGAUUAUGCCAAGUUUAUGGAGUCCCUUAUUAGUUCUCCAAGCGAUACCUCAUUGCUUCGCAGCUGCGGAAUCAUCAAAAACUUUUUGGGUGAUGAUGGGGUGGUAUGCACCAUGUUAAACAAUCUUGGGAAUAGUGCCGCACUCUCCAAAAACUUCACUUACACUCAAGUUUUCAACAAUGUCAACAAGCAUUGUAAGCGACCUUACAAUAGAUGGAUGGCGAACUUAAGACGGAAUUAUUUCAACAGUCCAUGGGCAUUCAUUUCAUUUGUUGCCGCUUUUGUAUUGCUCCUACUUACUGUGGCGCAGACUAUUUUUUCCGUUCUUUCCUAUUUCUAG